CCUCUGCCGCUGAUGCUGUGAGGGCCCAGCAGCUCUGCGAACCGCUUAAGACAGAUCGCUCUGUGAGCCCUCUCCGGUGUAGUUGUGGAGAGAUGACCUAAAGAGUGAUCUCCUCCCAGCAAUAGCCACCUCGAACCUCGCAAGCUUGGGUACUGAUGUGAGAAUUACUGGUCUUUACUUUAAAAAAUUGUUAUCGGAGUACUGUACCUGAUUAGGGACUUGCCGGUCUGGGAACUAGUUUAUGGUUUGACUCGAUCUUAGAGGUCUCUUCCAACCUUCAUGAUUAUAUGACCUACUCAAAAUAUGAGUAGAGUGAGAGCAACGUGAGAGCAAUAAUUCUCCACUGUUCAGUAAUUUUCUACUGGCCUUUACAAUGAGAUGCUGAACAAAGGCUUUCUAUAACCAGCUGUAAAUACAGUGCUCAACGGGGCAAGUUCAAGUGAAGUUAAAGCUCCAAACGACCAUCAGAGACCACCAAGAGACCACCAGAAGACGCCUUAGUGACCAAAUAAGGACUUCCAAAGAACUUCUAAGAACUAAUAACAAAUGUAUGAACUUUAUAAGAAGCAGAACUGAGUGACCUGCAGCGAGACCCACCGGCCCACUGUUCUGCUGGACCUGUUGGAGAUGACUUGUUUCAUUGGCAAGCAACUAUUAUGGGUCCUAUUUGUACAGGUCACAAAGAUGUUGUGUGUUUUAAAACUCCCCGAUGUCAUCAUGAUGAACUGAAUUAUGUUGGAAAAUCCUACUCUUUGCCUCUGCAAAGAGAAACCACUUCUUAAGCCUGAUAGUGCAUAUCAAGGGGGUGUAUUUUUUCUCACAGUACACUUUCCAACAGACUAUCCUUUCAAACCACCAAAAAUUGCUUUUACAACAAAAAUAUAUCACCCAAACAUAAACAGUAAUGGGAGUAUUUGUCUUGAUAUCCUGAGAUCACAAUGGUCACCAGCUCUGACUGUAUCUAAAGUUUUAUUGUCCAUAUGCUCCUUACUUUGUGAUCCUAAUCCAGAUGAUCCUUUAGUACCAGAUAUUGCACAGAUCUACAAGUCAGACAAGGAAAAAUACAACAGACAUGCAAGAGAAUGGACUCAGAAAUAUGCAAUGUAAACUUGUGAAGACUUUUUCAUAUACCACAGAGUACUGUAAAUUCUAGGGUUUUUUCAAAAUUAGAAGGAAAUGGAGCACAAUUUAUGGUUUUGAUGUAACAUGACUCCCCUUGAAUUUUUUUUUCACCCAUGUAAGUGUGUUUCUGGAGCAAGGGAGAAUAAACUUCCAAAAAUAACCUUAUGACUGUGAUAAGAAUAUUUAUCCUCUUUGUAUGCUUUGCAGAAGACAUUUAUUAUGGUUUUUAAGAGCUGGACACCUGCAUCUUCAGACUACAAGAUCUGUAAUGCAGUUGUAAAGCAACUGAAUUAUUUUUGCUGGGAAAAGUAGCUGGUUUUAUGUGAUGAAUACUGUAUGUUUGUCAUUGAAGUAUGUUGUUGUUUCAUAAGUGUAUUCAAAUUUCUUUUUGUUAGUUCACUUAAUGAUUUGUAUUUUUUUACUGUAUAGACUAAAUAUUUUAUUUACAAUGUCAGUAAUUUCAUUUUAGACUUACUUGCGUGUGCACAGUAUUGACAAGAUACAACUGCUAGUAAUGAAAUUAAUUGGAGUAUCCCACACAUUAGGAUAUUCUAAAGAUUGACUGCAGAUUUCUUAAAACCUAAAAUGAUCUUUGCACUGUAAUUCUUUGUAUGCUGAUUAUGGAGAAACACUUCGUUUUGAUUCUGUUGCAUACUUAAUUUUAUUGCAAUGAGAACUAAUUGCACUGCUAUGUAGAGAGAUAUGUAACCAUUUCGUUGCUAUUCACAACUGAUUUUUGAUGUAACACUAUCCUUUUGACCUUUUACAAAUCCAAAUGUAGCCUUUUCCAUAUAAAUAAAAUGCAUUUUCUACUA